AGCGAGUGAGCGACGGACGGAGGGAGGGAGGGAGAGGGGCGGGGAUAGAGGACCAGGAUGACUGGAGUCUUUGACAGCCUUGUUUCAGAUAUGCAUUCAAACCAGAUUACCUCCAGCAGUUACCAGCAGCAGCAGCACCACAGCUUGCAUAAACCCCAGGAAUCUCCCACUCUGCCUGUGUCGACCGCCACGGACAGCAGCUACUAUACCAACCAGCAACAGCACAGCGGUGGAGCUGGAGGAGGCACAGGCAGCAACGGAAGCAGUGGGUCACCCUACACCCAGAUGGGCUCUUACCAGUACCACCCGAAUGGCAUCGGCGCCGUGUCCUACUCCACCAAAGCCGGGAGUUACGAUCUGGGAUACCCCACCUCUUACAGCUCCUAUGCAACCUAUGGGACAAGGACGCCCCCAAUCAACAAUGAACCUGAAAAAGAAGAGGUCGAGCCGGAGAUCCGAAUAGUGAAUGGGAAGCCAAAGAAAGUGCGAAAGCCGAGAACCAUCUAUUCCAGUUUUCAGUUGGCAGCCUUACAGAGACGCUUCCAGAAGACCCAAUAUCUGGCACUGCCCGAGAGAGCUGAGUUGGCAGCUUCGCUAGGCCUCACCCAAACUCAGGUGAAGAUCUGGUUCCAGAACCGCAGAUCCAAGUUCAAGAAGAUGUGGAAAAGCGGCGAAAUCCCGGGGGAUCAGCAACGGGUCAGCAGCUCUUCUCCUCCUUGCCCCUCACCUCCUGCUUCAGCCACCCUCACUUGGGAUUUUGCUCCCCACCCACAGCGAAUGAGUAGUGGUGGCGGCGGCAGCAGUAGUGCCGGUUCAAGCCCCGGCACUCCCAGCGGAGCCACUGCUUUCCUGGGUAACUACUCGUGGUAUCACCAGGCGUCCAGCGCCGCAGCUUCCCACCUGCCAGGAGCCUCCCCGAUCCUGCAGCAAGGGCAGUCUCACCAGCAUCACCCCCAUCUUCAUCACGCCCAUCACCAUGGCGCGACUGUCAGCGCAGGGACUAUUUUCUAA